AUGUGGAGUUAUUCUAAAUGUAUAUUUUACACGAUAUUCUUAGUGGUUACAAGGAGUCAUACGCAAGAUGAUGAUAAUUUAUAUUCAAGUCUACUCCAAAAUGAUUCAAAUGCUAUUUACGAAAGAACAGACUUCGAUGGUGAUGUUGGAGCUACAAACCCUACAAGUGUCGACGAUAAUUUUUCUAAUAGCGAUGAAAUGAAAGCUGAUUCUACAACGGAGACUUCUAGUGUUUCUACAACGUAUACAACUAGUGUUUCGCAAACAGAGUCAAUCCCAAAAGCUAAUGAAACUGACGAUACUAAAUACAAAAUAAAGGAGAUAUGUGCAUAUUUUAAAUACGUUGGACCAAUAAAUCUAAACAAAAUGGUUGAUUUGUGGCAGACGGCGUAUUAUCAAGCAUCUCAAAAAGUGCCUUGUUUUAAAAUGUUUAUCAGGAAACUCACUAUGAAGGAGAAGCAAUUUUACAAACAGAAAUAUGGUGAUUUUGAUGAUGCAGUAGAAUGGGAAGACUGUAAUUUAGAAAUUAAAUCAAGUUUGGAAAUUAAAAAGCAUUUCCUACAGGGAUGCGAAAGAGGACAUGGAGUUUUAGAAAAUAUUAUCUUGACAGAAAAAAAUAAUGAUACUUCAAAUUACAUUCUUAAACCCGAAAGUCCUGAUCAGUGGCUCGUCGUGAAAAACUUACUAUUAAUGAGGGACUGUGAUACAGGAGAUGUGAUAGUAUUCUCCAGAGCACCACAUAAACCACGCAAGGAAAUAAUUAUAGAAGCAUUAAAAUUAUUUGGUGAAAACUCAACGGAAGGAAAAUUUAUUUGUGGUGAUCAACCACCAAUAAGGAAAAAUACUAUUGAAGUAGAGGAUGCAACAGAAGAUACUAUUUAG